AUGAGCAAAGAAAAAAGAGAAUCAACUCGAAUGAGAUAUAUUAUAGUUUGUGUAGCGACUAUAGCCUUACUCACAACGUGCUACUCAUUGUAUAAACCUCUUCCGGAUGGAUUUACGGUCAGCACGUGGGAUCGGGCAGUUAUGCAUAUUGUGGAGCCAGCACUGAGAGUGACGUAUUACUAUCCGAGUCACAUGUUCUCAAAAGCCAGCAGUAUGGUUCAAUGGACCCGUGGAGCCCUAAACUUCCUUUCCAAAUCUCUCGGCCUCCUUGUAAACACUCACGGUGAGAUAGAAAUCAAAUGGCAGACAUGGAAUGGGACACCAGUCAAAGUCUACCGCCCACUGAAUAACCAAACUUCGACGGAUGGAGUUGUCCUGUUCAUUCAUGGCGGUGGAUUUGCACUUGGAAAUGUUGAUAUGUACGAUUCGCUGGUUAAACGAAUGGCCUAUGAGAUGAAGACCUUGUUUAUUUCAAUUGAAUACCGCUUGUCUCCUGAAACAGUCUUCCCUGGUGGUAUUCUUGAUUGUGAAGCUGCUAUCGAACAUUUUAUACAAUAUGGACCAGCUCAAUUCGGGAUCGACACUUCUAAAAUGGUGAUUAUGGGAGAUUCAGCAGGCGGGAACUUGGCUACAGUUAUCGCACAACGAAGGGCAGCUCGCAAUGCGUCUCCAAAACUAGCUGGACAAGUUUUGAUCUACCCACUUCUUCAAAUGGCUGACAUGCAGACCGCAUCCUACCGUUAUUUCCAUUCGCGACUUGAUGGGUACGCAUUGGUGGAUCCUGAGUCAGUGGCAUAUUAUUAUAUGUUCUAUGCUGGAAUCAAUAUGGACGAAAAAGCGUACCUGGUACCAAGUGUGAUGUCAAACGGACAUGUUGCGGAUCAUUUGAAACAGGAAGUUGAUGAGAUAAUGUCCUUCGAAAAAACCAUCGAAGCUACAAGAAGGUACAAAAAUAGCAGUAUCCCAGAAAGAUGGGCGGUUCGUCCGAGCCACGAGGCUCAACAGUUAAUGGAGCCUUUUUUGACGAAUCCGGAUUUUUCGCCUAUGAUGAGAAAAGACGUUUCUAAUCUUCCCCCAACAAUGGUUGUCACUUGUGAAUUCGAUGUUCUAAGGGAUGAAGGACUGAUAUAUGCACAUAGAUUAGAGACUGCCGGUGUCUCCACAACCACUAUAAACUACGAAAAUGGGUUCCAUGCAAUGCUCAACUUCCACAGCGAGCUUUACGAAGCAUCAAAAGCCGUAUAUGACAUCGAACAAUGGACUCUAAACGCCAUUCAUGCUACUACAAUGCCGGCAAGAUUGUAG